AUGAUUGGGGCCUUUUACGGCCUAGGCACGGACACGUUCUCUAGCACCGAAGAUAUCUGGGAGGGUGUCCUAGGAAUUUUAGCAUCUCUCAUCAUUGCGGUCAUGGGAGCAGCCCUAUUGCGAGUGUCAAAACUCCAGGAGAAAUGGCGGGUUAAGCUCACCAAGGCUCUUCAGCACCACCGCAACACCAACACCUCGCGUAAGGGCCGUGUGAAGAUGUGGCUCGAGAAAUACGUCAUGUUUAUCUUGCCAUUCAUCACCGUACUUCGUGAAGGACUGGAGGCAGUGGUGUAUGUUGGUGGUGUUGGAUUGGGAUUGCCGGCUACCUCUUUCCCUUUGGCGGUAGUGGUCGGUCUCAUUGCAGGAUGCUUAGUCGGAUAUCUGAUUUAUCGAGGAGGCAGCGAAUCGACCAUGCAAUUUUUCUUAAUUGUCUCGACCUGCUUCCUUUACUUGGUAGCCGCGGGCUUAUUCUCCCGCGGUGUAUGGUACUUCCAAAACCACGCAUGGAACAGUAUCAUUGGCGGGGAUGCCUCCGAAACGGGAUCAGGCCCUGGGUCUUAUGACAUCCGACAGAGCAUCUGGCACGUUAACUGCUGCAACCCCGAGUUGGGAGGUGGCGGCGGAUGGGGCAUUUUCAACGCCUUGCUGGGAUGGACUAACUCAGCCACAUACGGAUCCGUUAUCGGCUAUAACCUAUUCUGGCUCUGCGUGAUGCUCGCCUAUGCUGCGAUGCUGUAUCGGGAGCGGCGUGGUGCGAUCCGCGUUAUUGACCCGAUGAUUGCGCGCUACCAGGCGUUCAAGGCCCGGGUGAUAGCAACCAUUCUUCGUCGGCCAGUGGAAGAAGAGAACGUUGAGCCGGUGGAGCAGUCGGGGAUUUUUGCAGAGAGUGGCAAGGCGAAGGAGACUGGUGCCGGAGGGCCCAUGUCUGUGAGGGAAGCGGAGGUUAGGGCUGCGUAG